AUGUCGGAUCGAGAAAUCCUUAAAAAUCCAUGCUACAUUAAUGACCAGAUUAUAGAGUUCUACUUUCGGUUCUUAACAUUCACAUAUGAAGAACAAGACAUCCUCUUUGUAUCCCCUGCAGUCUCAUUCUUACUCGCUAAUUCUGAUUUUGUGGGAGUAAAGAACACUGCAGAGUCCCUCAAACUCGUCGAUAAAAAACUUAUUUUUUUCACCAUCAACAACACCGUCAAUAACGAAGAAAUAUCGACUGACACGGAAGAAUGUACACAAUGGAGUCUACUUGUAUAUUACAAGACCCUUCAUGUGUUUGUGCACCAUGAUAGUGUUAAAGGACUAAACCAUUCGGACGCCAAAAAGCUUUACGAUACUGUCAAGGAGUUUGUAGGGGAUGAUGACAAACCAUCUAUGACUCUAAAGCAGCCUAAAAAGAUUAGGAAGAAUGGACUAGGCAACAAUUUUGACAAAGGUUCGACGACAACAAAGGUGGAUGAUGAUGAAGAGGCUGUAUAUAUAGAGUUUUUUACACCACAACAAACCAAUGUGUAUGAUUGUGGUCUUUAUGUGAUGAAAAUUGCUGCUGUUAUAUGUGAAUGGUACUUGUCUAGGAAAGCGAGUGAUGACAAAUAUUGUCUUUGGUAUAAAGUUGUUCGAAACCAAGUCCUCCAGUGCUAUGUUGAGAACCAAAUGCGAUCUGAUAUACUCGAAUUUGUGGAUUUGCUCAAUGAUAAUGACUGUGUCAUUAGUUGA